GUGUGUGGUAGCAGUAGGACCUAUGGUGCUCUUCGUGAGAGAAACACGUGUGUUACAAUCCCUUGCCUUGUGCCGUGGCCUUUCAAAAAGGAGGAAAAACUUUGUGAUAUAACCUGCGCGGGAUAACUGUGUUUGCGCCCUUCGCUGUCUGUGUCGAGUUUGAGAAUGAAAGUUAUGUGAGGGAAGAAAAAUAGUGCUAGUGAGGCGAAAAUUGUUUAGUGUGCUGUCACGGGUCCCGAAAAGCACAUCAUCAGCAUCUCGGUCCUCUUGUGAGUCUGACCCAUAGUCAUGGAUGUUAAUGGUGCAGGCUUCACGUGCUUAAUGGGGGGAUAACAAGCUCCGUUGUGAACUUUCGGAAAGCAACGUCGAUGUAAUUAAUUAUUCACGCUCGACCAAACAGAUUGGCGAGGGGCGUGACAUACCAUGCACUCCACCAUCUUUAUCGAUUGUCACUAAAAAUGCAUGGUGACCUUUUGGUGCUGCCUUAGAGGAGGGCUAGAGAGGUUGUGAGGCCUGCACGCCGCACGCGACAGUUGUCAUACGAACAGCUUUUCAGGGUGAAUUGUACACGAGCUCAGAGUGACUAACAACUUGUUUACGCUAUUUUAAACGUAUCAGAAGUGAGAAUAGUAGUACAACCAAGUGAAUGUAAAAUAGCCCAGUACCACAAAUAACGUAUGGGAACAUCAGCACAUUUACAAAGCAAAAUGUGUGAUGAUGUAAACAUAGGCGAGAGGUCGUGUCUAGGUCGUGCAUUUGUGUGCUUGUGUUGUGCCAGCGCGUGUGGGCUGGUAAGGUGACGCUGCAGCUGAGUGGGAUGGUGCAGGUCCUGGCAUCAGCAUGAAGGAGAAGUGUGAGGGAGAGAGGGCGACCCAGGCAGGGGAGGCCAUGGCGCUGUCCAGGGCUGCUGCCGCUGCCGCCUCUGGUGCCGGAGCGCCUCCCCGCGACCCCGAUAACGUGAACGGCAACUCUUCCAGGGACUUCCAGCUUCAGACAUCACGUGGUGGUCCUCGUCUCAUCACCAUCAGCAGAACUGACCACGGCUUCGGCUUCACUUUGCGCCACUUCAUCGUAUAUCCUCCUGAGCUCUCGGAGCUGCUGGCCGACCAUGGUGGGCCCGCGGCGUCGUCCCUGUCCUCCCUCGAACCCCUCGACACCAUCUUCGUCAAAAACGUGAAGCCUGGCAGCGCCGCGCACCUGGCCGGCCUUAGGACAGGUGAUCGUGUUGUAAGUGUAAACGGGGAGAGUGUUGCUACCCAGAGCUACCAACAGGUUGUGAGCACCAUCCAGCGUUCUCCACCUGUGCUCCAGCUUAUGGUAGUGCCCAGGGAAGAGGACCUUUUGCAGCAGGUUUUUGGGGAGACAGCACACAACCCAGAAAGCAACUUAGAUGUAAGAAUGCCAACACCCAGCCCUGGCCACAUACCUCCACAGCAAUCUAGCAGGCAGCAUAUUCCACCGACAAACUUUUCACACUCGCCUUUGGGAAUACCUCAAUAUCCACAGAAUCUUUCUCCAUCUGCGUGGUCGUCACAGUCAUCUCUAACUUCACAUAUAUCUAACAUGUCAACUGGUCCUCAUCCACCACCAGUUAUGGUGGUCCAUCCACCAUUUCACCAGCGACCGCAUCAGGCAUCUGUGAUCCCUCCACCCCAUGGUGCACACAUCCCCAUUCACCCUCACCAUCAGCAAACCACAACCCGUCAAAACCAGGCAAAUGUACAAUAUAGAGCAGGACCUCGAAAGCAUUCUCUAGCAAGUGCAGGGGAUGCCAAGAAGUCGACAGUGGGUAGUGUCAAUAGAAAACAGUCCUUACCAAUGGUGGUAGAUAGAAAACAAGCUGUGUAUACCAUUCAAAAUACAAUAUCUGGAGUGCCUCAUCAUGUGCCUUCUCCACCUGGUAAUCAAAGUUCUUUGCCUACAAGUACAAAUGCUACUGGAACUGCCCCUCAAGUAGCAACAAGCGAACAUGCCAGUGCUUCUGUGUUUGGUGUUUAUGAACCUAUUUUAGAUAGAGCUGUUGGAAGAGGAAGUUUUAGGGACAGCAGAAGACUAGAACGUGAUCCUGAUGGGCGGAUAUAUGAAGUUGUCCAGACCAGAGUAGUGGAAAGUAAAUUCAAUACUGGUGACAGUGAUAAGAAAGAAAGUGGUAGACAAAAUAAAGGACACCAUUCAAACCAGGGAACUCACGUAGGGCGGAAAGCAUCAGUUGGAGAUGCUGAUGUUAAACGUGUUCGUGUUCAGUCACUCUCUCCUCCAAGACUGAAAGUAGAUCAAAUUCAUGCACGAAGUGCAAGUGUGAAUACUCGACCUGAAGCCUUGAAUAAUAAUGGUGUCAAUGAAGGAAGUAUUCAUGGUAGUCACCAAAGUCUCAAUAGCACAAAAAGUGAAGGGAAGAACACAAAUCGCCAAAACUCACAUUCUAGGAAAAGCUACUCAGAACCAAUUUCUAGUAAUAAGGAAAAUUAUAUGACUGAUGACAAAACAACUCAAGAGGUAAUAGAGAGAAUCAAGAAGGACACAGAAAGGAAAGAGGAGUUUUUACGAAGACCUAAUCAGCCUAUUUGGCUUCCUGCCAGCAAAAGCCCUGUCAUUCACAGUGACUAUCAUGUAAAUCCACAAAAAUUUCAGCGUCCCAUAUGGCCUCCGCCUGGAGCUCAGACCCCUCCUUCACCAGGAGCUAUCACUAAGGCGCUCACAUUCAUUGUUGCACCAAAACAAGACCAUUCUCAUUUACGGAGGGUAAAGUCUGAGAUUGAGCAGAGGCAAAAUUCUAUUGACAAUAGUUCAAGUAUGAGAGGAAGUAGUGUCCCAGCUGGUAGUAAUCUAAGUGAGAGCUCAAUAGCAGGUCAAGAGAUGGAUGGGACACCUGAGGAUGAACACUCUAAGCAAAAUUUGCCUGUAGCUCAAGGUGCUUCUGGUGCAUUACCUCGUUCUUUGGUGGUCAAUGCUGUUCCCAAACCAUAUGUUGGAAGUGCUUCUGAGGCUAACCCUGCAAAUUUGAGAUUUGGAAAGUCCUUCACAACGACUCUCUCUCGUAUUCAGGAAAAUAUCCCCAUACCAGAAUAUGGUUCAUCGUCAUCCCUCACAAGUCAAGGUCAGACAAGUAGUAAACAGGGAGAUACUUCCCAGGGUGUCACCCCUGGGGGUACUCCAAGUGGUAGUCAAACUUCUCUAAAUUCUGCAAGUCUUCGAUCCAUACCUUUAGCAUGGGUAGGCGAUAAUGAGCGUAUAAAGCAGCUUCAGAUUGUAUCCCGAAGAGCUAAGCAGUUUGAAAGUAGUCAGUUGGAGAAAGAAGCAUCUGCUAAGUCUGCAUUCCACCGCUUUGAGCUUUCUCGCCUGUCUCAACGCUCAAAGAUCCCCAAUGUAGCUCAGAGGAAACAAGAAUUUGAGACCAAAGACCAAUUACCACCUGGUUUUGACUUUGAAUUUGGCACACACUUCAAUAACACACCAAGGCAGCGUAAGAGUGCAGAAUUAAUGAAAGGUGACCUGGUCUGUCAUGAGAUGUCUCCUUCACCUCCUAAGGUGUUUAGAUCUCUCUCUGACGGAGGUAAUGUGUUCCCUGUCAAUAGGAGGCUCUACUCGCCAACAGCAGAAGAGGGUGUUAAAACUGCGACAGUGUCAGAAGCUGGUGUUGUGAGACGGGUUGCUAUAAAUCGCACCAUACCUGUCGGUGGUCCUCAUAUACAUUGUGAACCACCACCUCUUUAUGGUUCUUCUCACAGGCCUCAGAGUGACCCAGAUGUUUUGGAGAGGGAACGAUCCAAUUCAGUUUGCUCACAGGUAUCUAUGACGAGUCUCUUAUCGACACAGUCCAUGGACGAAACGGGCAGUAGUCGACAAAAGACAGUAGCUCGUCAGAAUUCUUAUCUCAGUGCUUUGCGGUCGCCCCUUCAUGACGGAGAGCUAGCGAAGAAACCCGGCGAUCCUAAACCGCCAUCAUCAUCACCCAUCACCGAGACCAGCACCCCCUCAUUCCCCCAACCUGCGACCACCACCACACCCACUGGUGGCCACGCCCUCCGCCCAAAACGCCCAACCUUCUUGCCAAUCAAGAACCAUGCUCGUCCCGCUCUCUCGUCCAAUGACAAGCCGUCCCCGAGCCGUGUUGGCAGGGGAUUGGAGGAGAGAACGCAUGAGUCCCUCUCUCUUUAUGCGAGCACCAAUCAGAAAGCACAUCCUUCCUCGGCACUCAGCAGCCUGCCCAAUAGCAUGUACCAGUUUCCAGCAGUGGCAUCGUCGCAGGCACAUACCCCGGGCGCGGGCGGGGGAACGGGCGUGCCUGGGGGUGCAAUGGUGACCUCGGCAUCAACGCCCACCGCGGCCACCACCAGCGCCCCCACCACCACCACGACCGCCUCCGCUACCGAAGCCUCGUCCGCCACGACGGUCGCCCGCAGGAACAAGGCUGUGUAUGAAGACGAGGGCGAGCGGUUGGUGCGGCGGGUGUCGUACCUGAAGGCCACCUCCGGGGACCGCAUGUACUCCGACUCCGAACUCGACUCCGACACCGACGACAAGUCUGGUUCUCGGGGCGAGGGACUCGAGGGCGUGGUGGCAGACGGGGGCGUGGUGUCGAGAGUGGGCACCCCCGUGACCCCAGGAGGACCCCUGUGCGUGGGAGACCUGCCCUCCCCUGCCUCCCUCCAGUCUGCCAUCCUCAGGCAAGGGUCGCUGCACGUCAAGCUCACAAUGGUCGACGGCAAGAGAGCGGGCGACAGGUCGUGGAAGACAGUAUGGGCGGUAGUACAAGGACACGCCCUCAUCUUCUACAAGGACCGCCAGCAUGCCCUGCAGACGCCCUUGGGUGUAGAGGACCAGAUCUCCCUGCGUGGCGCCGAAGUGGAAGUAGCGAGCGACUACACCAAGAGGCGGAAUGUGCUGCGCCUGGCCACGCCGGGCGGGUCGCAGCUGCUGCUCCAGGCCGACACUCCGCCGGAGAUGCUGGCUUGGCUCUCCACUCUGCAGAAUAACUGUGCCAUACAGGAAGGAGAGGCAUGCAGCAAAACCCCCAUGAACAAUAACAACGUAUCGCCGCAGACUAGCAACAAGGCGAUGCGGAAACUGACCUCGUCACUGCGAACGCGCUCGCCCACCGGGCAGUCGCCGUCGACCAAGACCCGAAAGCCUAGCAGCGUCGAGAGCAAUUCUUCACCUAAGUCUAAGACUUGGAGAGGCAAUCUUGUAAGACCCUUCAUGAAGAAGAUCCAAGGUGGCUCCCCUGCCAUCACCCCUACCACCCCCCAUCCAGAGGGUGCAACAAUAGGUGUAUGCUUAGAAGAUUGCCCACAAUCAGAAGAAAAUGAAUUUGUUCCACUAUUGGUGGCCCUCUGUGUCAGUGUUGUGGAGACCAGAGGUUUACAAACUCAGGGCAUCUAUCGUAUCCCAGGAAAUAAAGCAGCAGUAACACAUUUAACCGAGAUGAUCAACAAGGGACCCAAAGCUAUUGACUAUAGUGACCCAAGAUGGUCUGAUGUGAAUGUGAUCUCCAGUAUGUUAAAGCAGUUUUUCCAGAAGUUACCAGACCCGCUUUUUACCUGUGAUCUUUAUCCACUAUUCAUUGAAGCCAGUAAAAUAGAGGAUCCAAAUCAGAGGUUAAUGGAGCUCAGGAGAUUGGUACAAGAAUUACCUGAUCAUCACUAUGAGACACUCAGAUUCCUUAUGCUUCACUUAAGUCAUAUUGUCAGCAACAGUGAGUCUAACAAAAUGGAUGUCCGAAAUUUGGCCAUUGUGUUUGGACCAACACUAGUUCGCUCAGGGGACGACAACAUGAUCACCAUGGUUACAGACAUGUCACAUCAGUGCAAAAUUGUUGAGACAUUGAUAGGCCAAGCAGCUUGGUUUUUUAAUGAUGAUGAUGGAGAAGAAGUAAUUCCACCAUCUCUAAGUCCAUCUGUUUUACAAAGUUCUGCAAGUGAUUCAUUAUCACCUACCAUGGAACCUGAAACACCAUCUAGCCAAGCACUACUUCUUCACAACAUUCAGAAAGUUGAAGGUGCAAAGGGAGACUUGAAGAAGGAUAUUGUUUCUUCCAUCAUUUCAGCAGCAAAUAGGAAAGUUCACAAAGUGAAAUAUAAAAAGCCAGUUGAUGACAAGCCAGUAGAUGAUAUUAAAUAUAGUGAUAAGGAAGGAGGUUUUGAAGAAAGAGAUAUUGAUAAGGAAGCAGAAUUAAGAAAGCAAAGAUUAUUAGCUAAACAGAUUGAAAGUAUGGUUGAACUACCAGAUCCAAAACCAAUGAGUGAACGUAAGAUCUCAAAUAUGAGCUUAAUGAGUGUUCAUGGUCAUCCUUCUAGUAUGUCUAGUUUAACACAGAGUAGCGAAAGGACUAGUGCCAGUGAACAGGGAAAGCACAGUUUACCUGAACAGGAUGGUCGUCUGUUUUGUGUUAUCAAGAAAGAUGCGUUAUCUUCUAGCACACCACCACCCCCCGGUAGUAGUUCUGUCAUAGCUCCCUCCUGCCAACAAUCUAGUCAGCUGACAACACCAGAGACAUCCUCCCUCUUUGGAGAUGAAGUAGCUAUUCGUUCUUAUGCUGGCCUCAGUGCUAGUACUCAGGAACGAAUCAGGCGAUUUGAAAUGGAGACACGAGCUAUGCUUCACCGUGACCUGACUAAACACAGAAGAGAAACAGAAAGGAGAGAUGUGGAGAGGAGAAGACUAGAGGAACUCUGGCAGCGAGCUAAGCAGGACAUGGAAUCAGAAGAUAUCCUUGACCAGUUAGCUGACAACCCAACAGAGGUUGUGCGCAAGAUUUCUGACUACUCAUGGCGGCUUCAAGGGCUCAGUGAGAGUAUGGGUGGGGACCAAGGAUCACUAACUUCCCAGAGUUCCAGCACAAGUUCCCAGACUGGUCUCAUCUCAGCAGCCCUCUCUCACCAUCCCCUCUCUAACACUUCACUCACACCCACCACUAAUGCUACCACCCAGGUUAUAAAUGGUCCAGAAAUGGGAAUGCCACGAUGUGGUUCCUUAGACUCAUUACGUGAUGGUUCACAUAUACCCCAUGAUGAUGGUAGUGAUUUGCUGAGCGCCAUCACUGCCACAUUUGAGGAGAAGAUGAGAAGCCUUCAGGAGUCUCCCUUGGGUUUGGUGACUCCUUUGUCAGAGGACGCCACCCCUAGCCCAUCCACCUCCCCUGAGGCAGGUCAGCCAAAUGACUGUACCACCAGAGGGAAAUCAGAGUGUCGUCUAUACCGCGAUCCUUCCCUGCACCGCCGCCGCACUAAUCCCCGUAAUCCCUCUGCCAACACUAGCACAAACUCCACUGCUGUCAACACCACUCCCACCACUACCAUAUCUCAGGUAGAGGAUGCCAGUCCGUCUGUUAAAUUAUCUGAGGGUAGUAAUAAAUUAAAUGAAGAUGUGACCAGAGAAGUAAAAGUCAAAAGAUCAGACUCACUCACCAAAUCAGAGAAAACAGAAAAUAAUCUUAAAGAAAAGACAGAAAAGAGGGCCAGAGAGCUGAAGAGGACAGAUACUCAGGAAAGUUUAAAUGAGAAAAAACCAAAGGAAAUGAAAAGAUCAGAUGGCCAGGAUGGCUUAGGAAGGUCACGUGACUUGCCAAGGAAAUCAGAGUCCAGAGAAAAUUCCACCGCUUCUGCAAGAAGAAGUUCUGAUGUUCGGAGUAGACGGCAUAAUGUGAAAGAGCUGAAGGAAAAAUUUGAACAGAACACAGACAGCCAACCAAGUAGCAAUCCCAUGAAGUCAUCAAAUAGUAAUCAUUACAAUAAUAUCAGCAGCAGUAGCAAUAAAACUAGUAAGUCUAGCAUGCGGCGAUCAGGUUACCGUGGACACAUCAAAAGACGCCAUACUGUAGGAGGCACGAAGGACUUAGCCAAGUGGGCGUGGUUACAUAGUGGGGAAAUGUCUAGAAGUAGUCCCCGUUCUACUCGUCUUUCAGCAUGGGAGCGAUUGCAACCACUUGUGGCAGAUGAGAGGUUGAACACUGACAGGUCUUUAGAAGCAUGGUUAGCCCGUGAACGUAUAAGGACAUCUUCACCUGACUUAUCUAGACCACAGCAAUUAGUUCUUCCAUGUGACAUGGAUGAUAAGGAAAACCUUCAUCGUCGCCUAAGUGUCCAGGAGGCUGUCCUGAAUCCACUGUAUCCUGUGCUGGAGAGUCAUGUGUAAAUGGUGUCUGGGACCUAAGUCCUUAUCAGUGUUUAGGUUACUCUUUUCAUCUGAUCCAAUACCUAUUAAUUGUGCUGAAAAUAUAUUUCCUCUAAUACAAACAGUUAGGAAUGUUUAAGUGUUGGAUUCUAAGAAGGGUAAUGAACAGUGCUGUGAUUUUUAUCUCUUUUAAGUCUUCUAAACGAGCAUAUCACUGUAUAUAGAAAUAUAUCAAACUUGUGAACUUGACCUGUACAGUUUAGAUGACUAAACUCAUCCUGUAUAUAAAGUUUAUAGAUACUAGUUAAUAAUUCAUUGCAUUUUCACCUGUAUAAUAUUCAAAUAUGAAUAUAUGGGAUAAAUACUAUAGAAUUUUAUAGCUUUGUAAAUAUCAUGCCAGUCUUGCUAAGCAAGAUAUUCAUGUUGCAUGGAUAUGAAAGCUACAUUUGUCUGCCAAUUUUCAUGUAUGCUGCAAACAUUUCAUCAAAAAUGUAUAGUAUAUCAGAGAUUAAAUAUCAUUUUAUAAUUAAAUACUAUUAAAAUGGUUGCAUGUUGACUGAAAGAUGUAGGUAUUCACAUAUAAAAUGUCCAGUACAAUAUUAAUAAUUGGCAUAAAGUAAUACCUCAUAAUUGAAGUUCAAUCAUGUAAUUUCAUAUCCUUCAUUAUUCUGCAGAUAGUAAGAUGUUGACAGAUGCAUUAUCCUAAGAAGUCAUUGUAUUAUAUUGUUACAGUGGCUUACUGUUGAAGCCUUAUAACCUUUAUUUCUGCUGAAUAAAUAAUGCUCUGUUUUUUCA